UGUGCAUUAACUGCAAGCAUACUAAGAGCAUUUUCUCUGUGGAAAUGCAGUCUAGUUUACGUUUAGUUUUGCAUUUCCGCAGAGCAGACACACACACAAAGCUCUCUCUCUCUCUUUCUCUCUCUCUCUCUCUCUCUCUCUCUCUCUCUCUCUCUCUCUCUCUCUCUCUCUCUCUCUCUCUCUCUCUCUCUCUCUCUCUCUGUAUCUCUUACUAAUAGCAUUUUCUCUGUGGAAAUGCAGUCUAGUUUACCUUGCGUUUCUGAGCUACCUCCAGUCGGACCUAAAGCAAGCAUGGAUAUUCUCCAGAUCCAAAACAUGAGCAAUGUCACCACGAGCCCACUCCCACCCGUGGUGUCACUGAUGAACGACACCGCCUGGGACGUGGUCCGCACCGUCAUCCCCCCGUACAUCUUCACCCUCAGCGCGCUGGGGAUUAUGGGAAACGCCUUCGUCCUGGCCGUCUUCCUGCUGCAGAGGUCCAAGUGGAGCGUGCCCGAGAUCUACCUGGGCAACCUGGCCCUGGCCGACCUCCUCAUGCUCUGCCUCCUGCCCCUCUGGGCCGUCAACAUCCUGCGCAACUACGACUGGCCCUUCGGAAAGGUGCUGUGCGUGGUGGCCAGCCUCUCCAUCACCACCAACAUGUACACCAGCGUCUUCCUGCUGGCCAUGGUCAGCGUGGACCGCUACCUGGCCCUGGUGCAGACCAUGAGGGCGCGUUGGCUGCGGCGCCGGCGCUACGCCAAGGCCGUCUGCGCCCUGCUGUGGCUGCUGGGCGUGGCCGCCUGCGCCCCGGUGCUGCCUCACCGCAAGCUGGAGUACGACCACGAGUACGAGGUCAUGUCGUGCUUCCUGGAUUACCCUCACGACUCCUGGCGGCGGGCGCACCACAUCCUCCUCAACCUGGUGGGGUUCCUCCUGCCCUUCCUGUCGAUUUUGUUCUGCAGUGUGAACGUGGUGAGGGCUCUGAACCGGAGGAGGGACCACGUGUGCGGCUUUGACCAAGGGGACCGGAAGGCCACCGCGCUGGUGUACGCCGUCACAGUCUUUUUCCUCGUCUGCUGGGGCCCCUUCCACCUCUUCACCUUCCUGGACACACUGUGCGACUUCCAGGUCUUGGACGCCGCCAAGUGGGAGAACGUGACGGCCAUAGGGAACCAGUUCGGCACCUACUUUGCUUUCCUGAACAGCAGCUUGAACCCGGUGUUGUAUGUGUGCUCGGGGCAAUACUUCCAGAGGAAGGUGAGCGAGAUCUACCACAGGCAGAGGCGCCGCUACCACCGGGGAUCGGAUGCCACCACACAACGGACCGUCGUCUCCAUGCUCCUUCAGAAGAAUGAUCACGUCAUCAAGCCUGUUGUCUUGUAAGCAGCCGGCCAGGGCUGACAAACCUGGCUCUGGGAAGUAAAUGCAAAGAUUUUCAAUUAGUGCUGUCUCGAUUUUCCGUCUGUCCAGGGUGAAAGUAUGCUUUGCCUGGACACUGAAUGAAGGCAGCCAUUGUUUACAAGCAAAAUGAUUGAUUAUUAUUGAAAUGUCCAGGGGUUUUUUGUAGACAGAGGUGGCAACACUCAAUAUGGUAACGGAGAAAGUGUACUACUCCUCACUAAUGUAACAAACUGGGAUCAACUCAGGUCCCCUAAAUGGGCGUGACUUUCCUAUUGAACUCCAUUCAUUCUCCCAAAGGGGCAUGGCAGCCACAGCUUAGGACCUAACGCCAUAUGUAUUCUGUAAAAAACCCUUAUGAUCUGUCUCUUCCUUAUAUAUCGUCUCUGGUAUAUGUCUUUGCUGCAUAUUCCUUCUGAAUGUUUUGUUAAUAUUAAGUUAUCUAUUAUUAUUAAUAUAUUGUUAAUAUUGUAUAUGCUUUACUUGGCCAACAGUCAUGCUCCAGGUUUCACUGAAGCUAGUUACUGUAGCUACUGUGUUAUUUUGGGACCAAAAAAAACAACUAGAGUGAAUUAUGUGUCAUUAUCUCUGUGUGAGAGGUUGUGCUCUGGUGUGCCCAACAAUUCUGUUGUGACAUACUGUAUGUGAAUGCAGCUGAAUGAUAAACUUUUUACCUCAUAUGUUUGCCUCUGUCUG